GUUAUUAACAUAUAUGCUGUCUGACAUUUCUUACAUGCCAGCAGAGUGAAUAUGAUUAAUUUAACCUUUACUCCUUCCUUGUGAGGUUAUAAAGGGGGAGGAUUUCAAAAUUGUUGUUGUUUGCUAUGACUGGUUCACAGGAGCCAAUCAUAGGAGUCCAUCAUGGACUGACUGAUUGGUCGUCAGUUGAAAGUCUACAUUGGUGAAGGCUGAAAACUGACGACGCAACAAGUAGUGAGCGAAGGAAUAAAGACGGAGGAGACAAAAGUGAGGAAGAACUGCAGGAUGUAUCGAAAAUGGUCGAAGGAAAACAAGGAGAAAAUAAACAACUGAUUCAAGAAAGAAGAGAGUGCAACUGAUUCCAGAUUUAAAGAAAAAGGAGAAAGAGAAACACACAGAGGCAGAUGGCCUCUGAUGGAGACAUGAACAUAUUCAAAGCAGAAGGCAGAAAAACAGUGUCCUCCAUUUGAAUUAGGAUUGUAGGUUUCAUCUCAUUCUGGAUAUCACUUACAGUCUAUGGAGUUGAUGAAAACUGCUAACAUGUCAUAUGAAAAGUCUUGGAGAAGAAAACCUUUGAACACUUUAACGUUUCUGAUAAUCAUGAGGAAUGCCUUCAGUGUUCUUAGCCUCACAUGUCAUCCUGCUGAGUACUUAAUUGGGAAAGAAUGCUGUCCAAAGUGUCCUCCUGGAAAUCGAGUGAAAACAGAUUGUACAGAGUUCAGAAGUACUUCUUGUCUUCCCUGUAUUACUGGAAGCUACAUGGAUGAACCAACAGGACAUAAACAGUGCUUCCCCUGUACAAACUGUGAUUCAGGUUCUGGUUUGAGGAUAAAGACAUCAUGCACAACAUUAUCAAAUGCAGUUUGUGAACCUCUGGAUGGAUUCUAUUGUACAGACUCUGAUAAAGACAACAAACACAACUGUAUAGCAGCACAGAAACACACAAGCUGUGAACCAGGACAAUAUAAAAGCCAAAAAGGAACGGCCUUCACAGACACUGAGUGCACUCACUGCAGUAGUGACACAUUUUCAGAUGGGACAUCUACAUCUUGUCAGUCACAUACAAAAUGUGAAUCAUUAAAUCUUCAGCUGAUAAAAGCAGGAACUGCUUCAACUGAUGCAGAAUGUGGAGAACAUAGUUCAAACACAACAGUAAUUGUGGGCCCUGUCUUUGGGACACUUGCUGUGGCGCUUGUAAUCGCAAUUGGGAUAUUUGUUGCAUUUCGGUGGAGGAAAAAAAGUUCUCAAAACUCAGAUAAAAGAAAUGAUGAAGAUGCUCCAUCACAGGAACCUCUGAGAUUAGAGGGCCUAUCAUCAGUGAGAACAGUUCCAGGUUGAAAUCAGUCAGCCAUGAUGUUCACCUGACAGCAUUGUCCAGGAUACUGGAGCCUGUCCUCAGACACACUGGAUGAGUCAUGAGGUCACACCAGUCUAUCACAGAGCAGCUGCAUGUGUUUAGUCUGCAGGAGGAAUCUGGAGGACAUGCACACAGACAUGAGGAGGAUGUACAAACUAUGAGAUGACAAUACAACAAAUGCCAUUUCAUUGUUCUUGUUGUUGGGCCUCAUAGCUCAUGCAUGAGACAAAGCAGACCUGCCUGCAGUAAGUCUGAUAAAGAAAGGACUCCAAAUGGACUUCAACUCCCACCAUGAUCUGCUCAGCUGACACAUAUGUGUGAAAUCUGACAAAGGCAAAAUCUUGGUUCCCACUGGACGAGACCUGCCAGAAACACCUGGGAAUUUCACCUUCACAGCUGUGAUGUCACAGAAAAAAGAAAAUCAUCUGUAACUAGAACAAUCAAUCUCACUGGAUGAGUAGACUUGUGUGUUCAAACCAGCAGGUUACUGGGUCCAAAGACGUAUUUCCUGGUCAAUAAUCCAACUGUAUUUGCUGCAGCUUGAUGUGGUCAUUGUUGUGAUUUUUUUUCCAUUUGUGUAUUCAUUGCAUUCAUUUCUUGUGAUAAAAAUCAUAAACAACCUUUGAGAAAAGAAUAUUAAAAGAACAAUAUGUAUGAUAAACUAGUGUAUAUAGCAAAACAAUGAAUAGUUUGAGAAACACUAGUCUGUGUCAUACUGAGAGAACAUUUUUAAAAGUCAUAGUAAUUAAAUCCAUGAUAUUCUUUGGAUGGGAAGACAUUCCUGAUGACAUUAACAACACAUGCUGGAAUUAGGAUCCUGUUCUUCCUGCUCAGAUGAUCCCAACACCACAGAGUGAACUAUCUGUAGACUGUGAGCCUGACCAGACUGACAGGAAGAGGUUGGUAAGGAUUCAUAUAUGGAUGUAAAGCUAUGCUAACUAAUCAUGAUCAUCAUUUUCCAGCAUUACAUCAUAUUAAAUAACCAUGUGUAGUGUGAGCUGGAACACUGUCAAAUAUUUCAUUCAAUACAAAAAUGUACCAUAUGACUAAUACACUACAAUCAUAAUUAAUAUUAUUGUUAGUCAUACCUUAAAGUAUGUGUAAUUUUAACAAUCACAGUAUACUGCAAUGAAUAAUUAAAUGUGACAGGUAUGGACAAAUCAGGUUCAGGUUGUAUAAAGGAGCAGGAUGCUGUUUUAUCAAUUUAGUCCAUAUUCAGCUGUUUCAUUAUGGUCUGUACUAUCAUAUCUUCCUCUGCAUAACAUGUAUAUUAGUUCUGUUUGCAUCUUACUUUUGGGUCCAUUUUAGAUCCACUACAUGUCUACAAUGUAGCCUAGCAGCAGUUUCUUACUAUUUUUUUUUCUUUUCUUAUUAUCUUAUCUAUUAAGCUUAUUCUUCUAAUUUUGAAUUGCUGCAUAACAAGUGAAUUUCCCCUGUGGUUAUCAAUAAAGUUUCAUUCAUUCAAUCUAACCUGCAUGGUUUCCGCAGGCACAAACACUCCUCUGGCACCGGUGAACAUCCAGGGAAUGGACAUUGAGACAGACACAUCUUACAAGUACUUGGGAGUUCACCUGAACAAUGAACUGGACUGGACUGACAACACCACUGCACUUCAUGAGAAAAAGGCCAGAACAGACUUUACUUGCUCAGGAGACCGAGGUACUCAUCUCAUACUCAUCUUUUAUGUGGUGGUCUGCUGGGGUAGCAGUGUCUCGGCUCAUCUCAACGGGAAGAGACUGCAUGAACUGAUAAAGAAAGCCAGCUCUGUCCUGGGAUGCCCCAUUGACCGAUAAAGGGUGGUAAAAGUGCAGAAUGAUGGCCAACCUGUCAUCUCUGAUGAGCAACAACUCCCACCCCCAUGCAGGACAGCGACUGCUGGAGAGCUCCUUCAGCGACAGACUGCUUCACCCAAAGUGUGUGAAGGAGAGAUAUUGCAGGUCCUUCCUCACUGCAGUUGUUGGACUGUACCAUCAGCACUGCUCCUAGUAACCCCCCCCCCCCCAAUGGACAAUUUCACAAACUGCACUUUUACAUGUCUGUGCAUUUUACAUUUUUUCAUGUCUGUGCAAUAUAAGUAUUUUAGAUAUACUACUACUUCAGUUCAACUGUUAAAUAUUAUUAUUAAUUACAGUUCCAUUCCAUUUAGGUUUAAGAGGGACAGGUUCCUGCUAUUGCUCAAGUGUAAGGGGAGGUCACACUUAAUACUUGCCACUUAAGCCUAUAGGAGUUGUUUUCUUUUUCUCCGAUUUUUUAAUAAGGCAAAUACAUUCCCUGUAUUUUCUGGUUGUAUUCUUAUAAAGAGACUUAAAAUAUGAUGUUUUUAUAUUUUUGUUUUUACUAUUUAUUUUUUCAAAAAUGUCAAAUAAAUCAAAUUAAAUAAAUGUUGACAGUAGCUGCGACAUAAACACCAACUAACAUUAGAAAUAAUAAGGAGGCAGUGACGUGGCACAGGAUUCAGUGUUUUGAGUGGAUUGCCAAUAAAGUAGACAACCUUU